UAUUUCAUAACAUCUUACCUGUGCAGUCUGGCACCGGGCGAGGUUCACGUGCAGGCACAACAACCGCAGGAUUUUACUUCGUAUGAGCGUCAAAGUUUUACCAAAUUCUUUGCCAAAUUUAAAAACAAGUGCGUUUUGGUAUUAGGACGCGCUCCUGUGUUCGAAAAUAAGUUAAAAGGAGGAGGCGAUAUGGAUUGGAAAUCUGAAAAAGGAGGCCUGUUUCUUUGUUUACUACGCAUGGACAGAAUCAGAUGGACGGAAGAGAAAUGCAGGGUUACUAGAGUUUAGAUGCUAAAGACAUCAGACAGUGUUCAGUUUUCUGCAUCAGAUCAUGAAGGAUCAUUCUGGAAGGUCAUGGCAUCCCCUCUCCUGGUUUUAGCAGAGUCCAAACAUGGAUUUUUAGGAGCUGAUCCACUACGAACAGACACUGGAUAAGGAGCAUCAUCAACAGAAGCUGGUGUAUAAUUUGGGUGGAGGAUGAGGUCCUCUCUGGUGGUGUCUGGUGGAGAGAGAGGGUCUGCGAGCACGAUUGGACGAAUAAGGCAUCUGCUGUGCCAGACUGGGCAUCAUGUGGAUGUGCAGAUGGACGAGGAGCCCGGCGUUUGGCUCAGGAGUUCCAUCUGCUGGAACCUUGAGGAAUGCAGUGAGGACCCGGUGCAGGAGUGGGGAGAGGAGGUGGAAGACGGGGCCAUUUAUGGCAUCACUCUUCACAGAGAACCCAUCCAGCCCCCACCUGAUGCCGCUGAGAACUCUUCUGCCUUCGGCUUCAUGCAGUACCGCACACAGAAGGUCCGCAGGCUAAAAGCAGCCACUCUGGAGCGUCUUGUCACAGAAUUGGUGAACCCGGAGUGCCCUGACCCAGACUACAUGCAAAUCUUCCUCUCCACCUACAGAGCCUUUACCUGCACAAAUGCUCUCAUGGAACUCCUGUUUCAAAGAGAGGACAUGGUCACCAAUCUGGACAACAGUGUCUGCGUUAGAAGUUCUCUGCCUCGUCUGAUCCGGCUAUGGUUAGACGAGUAUCAAGAGGACCUUCGGGAUUCUCCAGGUCACCAGGCUCUUCUUCUGCUCUGUAUCCAUCUGCGUCAUCGCCUCUGUUUCAGACGUCUGGUUCAUCAAGCCGAUGCACUUCUAAAAAAAUUUCAGACGGAAGACGGGCACACAGAUGCAUCAGCAGAAACCAGCACAACUGCUGUAGAGAAUCAGGCAACUGAAGACGCCACGGACAGACAGGACAUAGAAGAGACGGGGGAUGUACUGGCCUUCCCUGCACGAGACAUUGCUGAGCAGCUCACGUUAUUAGAUGCUGAGCUCUUUGUCAAAGUGGUUCCAUUUCACUGCCUUGGCUGCAUUUGGUCUCAAAGGGACAAGAAAGAGAAUCGAAAUCUAGCGCCUACAGUCCGUGCCACCAUUGCCCAGUUCAAUGCCGUCACUAACUGCGUUAUAACCUCUCUGCUGUGCCCUCCUUCCACAUCCCCUUCCGGUUCCCCAUCCUGCACUCGCAGCGCCCCUACACAUAGGGCAAAGAUUAUUGAGAAGUGGAUCUCUGUGGCUCAGGAGUGCCAUCAGUUGAGAAACUUCUCCUCUCUAAGAGCCAUCUUAUCUGCUCUUCAGUCUAAUGCUGUUUACCGGCUAAAGAAAACUUGGGCGGCAAUCAGCAGGGAGAGUUUGGCUGCCUUUGAUCACCUCUGCGACACAUUUCCUGAUGAGAACUGUGUGCUGGUCAAUCGAGAUAUUCUUGUAGAGGAAGGAAACCAGGCAGCUGAUGUAGACACUCAAACCGCUCCAAAGUCUCCCAGACUCAGUCCUACAUCUGAGAACAUGACCCCCUCCAGCGGUGAGGUGCCAUACCUGGGCACUUACCUGACUGUUCUCACCAUGUUGGACACAGCACUAAGUGAUAAUGUAGAGGGGGGUCUCAUCAACUUUGAGAAGCGUAGAAAAGAGUUUGAGAUUCUGUCUCAGAUCAAGCAACUGCAGGCAUCAUGUGCUCACUACAAACUCCAGUCACAUCCUCACAUCAUUUCCUGGAUCAACAGCGGCAUACCUCUUUCUGAUCAGAAGAGCUAUGAGUUGUCAAGAGAUCUGGAGCCACCAGUUGACCCCUGUCCCAGCUCUCCCAACCCCUGGAGCCACCGGCUCAUCACCAAGAAACUGACCUCAUUGCUGUCUGGCAGUGAGAACUCAAAGAAGACUUUUGCUGAUCAGAUCAGUGUAUCGUCCUCUGGCUCCAGUGGCUCAGAGAUGGAAGAUCUCAGCAGCCCCAACCUCUCACCACUUAGAUACAAAGUACAGUCUGUAUCCUGUCAGGACAUCUCAGUAGACACAGCUACCUCCUCUCUGACUCCGCCCAGCUCUUUUCGUAGAUGCCUACAGGCGGAUAUCUCUGUCCUGAACCCUGACAGCCCCUCCCCUACCUCAUCUACAUCAUCUUCAUCAUCAUCCUCUCCCUCUCUCAAGCAUCCCAUGUACAACAAGCAGGUCGCUGAUUCUUGUAUCGUCAGAGUCAGUGUGGAAUUUGGCAACAAUGGAAACGUUUAUAAAAGUAUUUUGAUAACCAGUCAGGACAAGACAGCUCAGGUGAUUCAGAGAGCUCUGGAGAAACACAACUUGGAAGAGAUGAGCUGCCAAGAAUUUAGUCUCACACAAGUGCUUUCCAGUGACAAAGAGUUGCUGAUCCCAGACAAAGCCAACGUGUUCUAUGCCAUGCGCACCGCUGCCAACUUUGACUUUGUGCUUCGCCAGCGUUACAAAAAUCUCGGCAGAGCGCCUGGCUCAUCCUGGAGUCAUGGAGCAGUUCGGAGGUCCCGCAAGUAACAGAACCUCGAUGACAACUCACAGCAUAGUGGAAUAAUACAUGAAAAACUUUAAAGUGAACAAAGACUAUAUAACCACAUGGAUGACUGUGAUGAGCGGGUGACUACUGGAUGUCGAAGCUCAGAUAAAUUUAAAAACAGACUGAUGGAUGCAUCACUGAGCUCUGAAGCAUCCUGGAGUCACAAGUUAUGACAACAUCUCACUCAGUAAUGUCUCAUUGACAAAUAACAAGGAAACUGUAGCACAGCUGCCACAAUAACAGUUCUGAUUUAAAACCAGUUAAAACUGGAGGAAGAAAGACUCAUUUGAAAUGAAGACCUAGAGAAGUUGCAAUAAUUGGCCACAUCUGCUGCCAGUUUAUUCAGAGGUUUUGCCUUGAAAUGGGAGGUCACACAUAUACCUGAGAUUUACUGAGGAACAUCUGUCUGUAGGUGGAUGAACACAAGUAUGGCUUACAAAUGCAAGCUUUUAUGUAGCUAAUAUUCAGCGAUAGGUAAAAAGUGAAAUUUAUAUUAUAUUUAGGUUGUUUUCUAAGUGACAUAAUAAAAAUGUUUAUAUAAUAUAUUUUAUUUAGUUUUAAUACAAUUUUAAUAAAGAUCACAUUAUUUUAAUGUUUUGAUGCAUUUCAGUUUUAGAGUAUUUAAUUUAACUUUUAUGUGUGCUAAUUCAUCUCUUUUUGUUGUUCUGUGUUCUGUAUAGUGCUGUUUUUUUCUUUCAGCUCUUUCUUUUUAAUUUUUUUAGCUGUAUUUAUGUGCAAUAAUCUCAAACCUAUAAGCUGUUUCUUAAUGUUUUAAGACUUUUGGCAACUGUGCCGAAUCUUUGUCUGAAUGAAGUGAUGCUUGCACUUCUUUAUCACUUGUUUUUCUCAAGUUGAAUAUGUUAAUUUGUAUUUCUGGUAGUGUCAAAUGAAGUAACUCAUCCAUAUUGGAUAUCUUGUGACUUUCUGAGCAAAAUGCAAUUCGGAGAACUGAAGAGCACUGGGUGCACUAGAUGAAUCUCACCGACUGUGUAUGUGUUUUGUGAAAGUUAAA